CUUUCUCCUUCUCUUCACAGAAAAGAAAAAAGGAGUGUUGUUUGUUUAAUUAAUUGGUUCGAAUCCAUGGCCACCACUUGCCUCGAUAUUGCACCUGAACAACUUUGCUACAUCCCUUGCAAUUUUUGCAAUAUUGUUCUUGCGGUGAGUGUUCCAUGCAGUAGUUUGUUUGACAUUGUGACAGUCCGAUGUGGGCACUGCACAAAUUUGUGGUCCGUUAAUAUGGCUGCUGCAUUUCACUCUCUUUCUUGGCAAGAUGUUCAGGUUCCAAGUUACAACUUAUACGGUUGUAAUGGAGCUGAUUUUCAAGGAGAUUUUGGAUCAUCAUCCAAAUGUAACAACAAUGUUAAUAAGAUGGAAAUUCGAGUACCCACUACAAUUCCAGCAGAGGAGAGGGUUGUGAAUCGACCUCCCGAGAAAAGGCAGAGAGUACCUUCUGCAUAUAAUCAGUUCAUAAAAGAGGAAAUCCAAAGGAUC